AUGACGAACGCUGAAUUAAUAAGUGGACAUGUACCGGACGAUCUUGGCCGUGAUAGUGACCGUGCAUCCGGUGAUGGUGCCGGUCAACUAGACAAACUAUUGAACAAUGGAUCAGUUCCGAUGGUUUUGCCGGUGCCUUCCAUAGACGGGCGCAGGCGCUCCAGUUCUAGCCUCCUAGAAUCCAUUCAUAAAGGCAUCCGGAUGUCCAUCGCCGGAUCUAAAGGAGACUCCAACAAUGGACACGUCUUCAGUAGUUCAGUUUCUUCUCUGUCUUUUCAGGUUGGCUGUGAUGGCGAAGAAGAUAAAAUUUUCUUCAUUUGGCCCACUACUAUAGUUCAUAGAAUAGAUAGAAGUUCACCCCUGUACAACAUGUCUGCUACAGAUCUUUUAAGGGAACGAUUCGAAAUUGUUGUUAUUUUAGAGGGUGUUAUUGAAUCGACCGGUAUGACCACGCAAGCGAGGUCAAGCUACUUGCCAUCAGAAAUCUUAUGGGGUCAUCGAUUUCAGACCUUGGUCACUUUUAAAAAGUUGACUGGCGAAUAUGAGGUGGAUUAUGCACUUUUUAAUAAUACGGUGGAGGUGGAUACACCCCUCUGUAGCGCCAAACAAUUGGAAGAGCAUAGGGCCAUGUUCAACCACGAGGCUACGUCAGACCAUCUCGAUAAUAUGUUCGCAAAAAUUCGAAAUCAAUCGUCAGACAGCUUGUGCAGUUUGGAUUCAUCAUCGAUCGAUGAUCACAUCGAAAUCAAAAUACCACCUAGUCCAAUACCGGUCACUAUAACCGCCCCUGACGACGACACAACGUCUUAUAAAAAUCGUACGAUUACAAAUGGAUCUGUGCCAUCAUUAUCCAAAGAGUCGAUAACUCCUGAUUCUAGCAUUUACAAUAACAAGGACGCGAUUGUCGUACCCAUAGGAUUCUGAUGGAUGUUAGGAAAUUAUUUUAACCCAUAUAAACAAACAAACAAACAAAAUAAUAAAAAAAAACUUAGACACCUAAUAACGAAAUAAUAAUUAUUAUUAUAUUUCGUUGUGUUGCCUGUUUUCACCUACUGUGAUAUAAGUACAUUUUUUGUUAUAAAACUGAUUCAGUGGUUAGUGUGUAGGAAUGAUACUUAAUGUUUUUUUUUUUGGUGCAAUUGCAAUUUUUUUUUAAUUAUACCCUAAAUGAAAUGACA